CGUAUAGUCGUGAUUCAUUGAAUGGAUACUUAACAAAAGAUGUUUGUGAUGCAAUUCGAAAUAAUGUUGAUCUGAGUAUGAUUCAACAUUUUGAAUUUUCAUCAACUAUCGGCACCGCUGAAGCCUUUAUUGAAUUAAUUGAAAAUAUGACUAAUCUUUCUUCUAUUCAUAUUCGAUACUUACAUAGUCUUGAUCUAUUUAAUCUAGUUUCAUCACCAAAUCUCUUGAUUCGACAUCUUGUUUUAUUCGAUUAUGAACCAACAACAAGAAAACAACUUUUUUAUCAUAUAUGUCGAAUCUUUCCACGAUUAACCCAUUUGACGACAGAUUAUCAUUCACGACGAAGACUUUGUUAUUUAUUAAAUGAACUUGUUCAUCUUGAAACGCUCACUUUGCGUUUAGCUCAAGAUCAAUAUGCUCCAAAUCAUUCUUGGAUCAAGAAACAUAGUCGACUACAAAUGAAUUCUUUUGAAAUCAGAGUAUUUAAUAUUGCUUAUACAGAAAGAGAGUUGGUUUUGUGGAUCAAUACUAUUAAUAAUAUAGAGCAUCAACGUCAUCAUCAACAUCAUACAUUAAACAAAUGUCGUAUUCAAUAA